GCCUAGGAAUACACGACGUCUCUCCUUGGGUAUUGAUGAAAAUCACUGGCAUACCUCACCGAUGUACGGUGUCGUUCUUAUUAGUCUUUUUCGUAGGGGAGUUUGUCCGCCCAGAGACUUGGGUCGGCGUUGAGUUCUCUGCGCUUCGACUUCCAGUAGUUACGGACGGGAAUGCCAUGCAUACUAUGAAUGCGGCCCGAGUUCCCCUCACGCGUUGUACGUGCCAAACGAGGAGCCGGCGAGGUAUAGCUGUCGGGAGUGCACCGGGUGGGCUAGGGAAGCCGAGAUUGUAGUCGCCAUACGAGUUCGUCUUGGGCACGGCAGGACAGUCCGCUGCGUCGAGGCUACAAUACCGAUCAGCGAUGGCGGGAGGGUAGCGUGUUCGACCCUGCUGUUCGGAUAAGUAGUCGAGUCUGGUGAGAAUACGCCAGAGCCUGCUGAGUUGGUGGCAUAUCUGGACGUUCCUACUGCUUCCACACCUGGAACUCCGUGGUAUGCUCUUCAGCUGUAUCACUCCUUCCAGCGUGACAAAAAGGCCUCACAAGCCAUACAACGGCCCCUCACAACCGGGGCCUCAUGGACAAUGCACACUCUGGCCACACUCAUUGGUUCAUGGGGUUGCUGAAUUGUAUCGAUCUGCCAUCUAGCAACGGACACACUUUAAGCAUCCGCCGCGAGG